AUGAGUAUAACAACUGAAACACCAAACUUAGCAGAAGAAAUUACUUUGAAAUUGCAAUUAGUUUCCUUUGUAGUUAAUGGCGUUUCAUUUGAACUAAGUGAAGAACUUAUUCAAAAACGAGCACCAAAUUCCAUGCUUGCACAUGAAGCUCGUCUCGCACAAUUUUAUGAUGUUGAUAAAAAUGCUUAUAUAUUUGAUCAACCAGCUGAUGUAUUUGAAAUUCUUGUUUAUUUUAUUUCUACUGGUCUUUUAUCACGACCAAAUAAUAUAAAUAACCUAAAAGUAUAUUCAUUAUUAUCUUUUUUUGAAAUGGAUGAGACAGUUAUCAAUACUUUUAAAAAAAUGGAACAUCUUGUAUUUGAAAUCAAUUGGGAAAAAACAGAAUGGUUUGUGCAAUUUGAAAAAGUUUUCGUUUUAAAUUAUGCAAUACAGUUGACAAAUAUAUAA